CCGGUCACAGCUCUUGACCUCAUCACGGCCUCAGCCUUGUAAUUGAGGGUCCCUUCAGCUCCUUGAUGCUUCCUUUUUGCCCAUUACUACCAUUCCGGUCCUAUUCAGUGGAAAUAAGUAAUAUACCCCGUCGAAACUGCGGCAGAGGCAGUAUUCCUCAAGCAACCAUCCCACCCGAGCUGCUGCGCAUUCAUAAAAUCCGGCACUGGCCGGGCCGCUGCAUUGUUGGCCUUAGUUUCGCAGCAAUCACGAGUGCGAGGGGCCUUUUCUCAUCGCCUGGCCUUCCACUUUUUACUGUCAUUUCUAAGCUGAUUGACCCAGCGGCAACCAGACCACCAGGUACGCCAUGCCGGGCGGGUCCUCGAGCCCUCUCUCCUCGCCUCCCGAGAGCGUGAUCGAGGUUGCGACUGGCAGUCCAGCUGCCGACACGCAAGGCGCACCCGACUUAGGUGGUCUUCAGGAGGCAAAUGCCGAAGCGACCGCCAGUGACAUUGGACGCGAUAGGGAUGGCAGCCGCCAGUCCAGCGCCGAGAAGCGCAAAAGAACCAUAUCCCUCUCUGGUCCUGCAAAAAAGCUCCGGCGACCACUGGCUGCGAUCAGAAAGUCUGCGAAAGAAAAAAAGUGGGAAGCCCCGUUCGUCUAUACGAAUGAAAAAUCGCCCCUCGCGCGAGCUGACCUUAGAGCGAUCUUGCUUCUCCCGGGAGCUUGGGAUGUUUUAACCCAAGAAGAGAAGCAGUCCGUACUCGCCAAGUUCCCAGACGAGACGCAUAUUCUGGAUGCGGGCACCCCCAACGCCCGCCCCAACACGGCUUCCCUCCGCAACGAUGACAACUUCAGGCACGAUUGUGCCGCCUAUUGCGAAAACAUCAAGCUUGGCCGCCAUGAUGAGGAGUGGCUGCGCCAGGCCUGGACCGCCCACGAGAAGCACAAGCGCGGCGAUCAUGACGCGUUUCUUCGGAUGAAGUUUGAAACGGACUGGAACGUCGAGCUGCCUCAAGACAACGAACCGGGGCAUGGCGAGUCGGUCCAUUCCCCAGAGGGAGAUCCAACUAAUUCAAAGCCGGGCGUCUCGGAGUCCCCUGUCCCUGAGCCAAACGGGGCUCAGCCCAGCAACUUGCCGAGCCAAGGCACAAACAACCUGCCCAAUGGCUCGGAAGCGCAACAAGUCGGGAAUCACGCCAUCGCUACUCAGUCACCAUAGGACGCGUGGAAGUCGGCGGCAAGCAGAAGGGUGAGAGCGCAUUCUGCGGAAGAACCAGCAGUCCCCGAGCCAUCGAGCUUUGAGAGUUCAAAGCCCAAGCGGCCCAUUUAUGCGCCAUUGAGUGUUGCGCUAUCACGUCUCCGAGAUCCGCUGCGGCGCAAGUCUAGAUGAUGGACUGGAGCCUUCCCUUGCGACAGGUCAGGUGGGUAUCCAGAGCCAUGUCUUUUUGCCAUCUUCUACCAAGACUUAAUUGACCAGAACUUCGGUCU